AUGUCGCUGAAUAGAAUCUACGGAGUGCAGGCACGUUUGUGGGUGCAGUUGCAGCAGAACAUGGUGCAGCUGACCACGCGUACGAUGGCAAGUGAUUCUCGACGGUGGGUUUCGUCCGGAACGACAAACCACGAGAAGUUGGCACCAAAAACCGUGCCCAAACACGACUGGAACCGGGCCGUUAGUGAGGCGGUAAAGAUCGUCGGUUAUCCAGCGUCCUUCUUGAGCCUGCUGCAGCGCGAUGAGAUUGCGCUGCAUCUACGGAAUCUAGCGAGCUCUAAUCACCCGCUACUGGAAAUGGCAAAGGAUAUGGUCUCCACGGACAAAACAAAUCUACAACCGUAUGGUUUGAUUGUACUACUGCUAUCGAAAGCCGUUGGCCAUGCUGCAACAGUUGCGGAUCUGGAACGGGACAAAUGUGACGGUGUGCUGCAAUUACAGCGUGAACUCGCAGAAAUAACGGAGAUGGCGCGCUCCGGCCAUCUGAUGCACCACGGUUUCGUAAACCUGCCGCCACUAGGCGAGAUCGGUGGCAAACUGAACGCUAGCGAAAUGGCUUAUGGCAAUAAAAUCGCCCUGCUGAUCGGAGACUAUCUACUGGGGAAGAGCUUACUGCAGUUGGCUGAUUUGCGGAAUCAACACGUCUUCGAGCUUAUUUCGUCCGCGAUGCGGGACAUGACCGAAGCGAGCUUUUUCGGUGAACGGGAUCAGCAGAACAACCCGGUGCCUUCACGCCCAGCCAGGGACACAUUCACCGGCGGGGAACAUGGAAAAUUGAACUUCGGUGAUGCCGAGGAUAACAGGCAACCAUUCAACGUGGCGGGCGUGAUUGGCAAUCCCGAGGAUGAGUGGGCGUUGCGGCAUAUUCUUGGAACCGGAAGUUUGCUGGGAAAGAGCUGCCAGGGUGCGUUGAUGCUGGCAAAGCAGCCGGAAGAUUUGCAACGUCACGGGUACAUGUUCGGGAAGCAUAUUUCGCUGGCCUGGCAGGCUGGGCAUGAUCUUGAGCCGUUCAGCAGCGCUCAACUCCCGUUGGGUGAAAAGUUCAGCUUAGUUUCGGCACCGGUACUGUUCCAUCUUGCCUACGAUCCCUCACUGUACGACGAAAUCGAGAAGGGACUGGAAUCGAUCGAAAACGUGGAUUUCGCGAAGGUUCACGCGGAAGUCCGGAACGGACCCGGGUUAGAACAGACGCACGAGCUGCACAAGAAGUACAGUAUCGCUGCACUGAUGGUGCUGAACGAACUGCCAGCGUCUGAUGCCCGUACGGCGCUGGAAAACAUCAUUCUCGCCAUGCAGGACAUCUAG